CAUUUUAUACUCUCAUAAAUUUAGCUGCACUGCUCUUAGUUUUUUUUCAGGAUUUUAUGUGCACAAUUCAACGUGUUUUUGCAGUGGCUUCUCUCUCCAAAUGGCUUGGAUUAUUUCCCCCCUGUGGCAACGCCAAAGGACUGGCGCUGUUUUUUUGCUCUCUGCUUUGAUCGCGGUGAUUGUGACAGGUGACUCCGCCGCGCAGGUUUUCGACAGUUAUGGAUUAUCAUACGCAUUGAGAUCGGAACUAUCAGAGGAUGCUAUAUUGGUGGCCAACAAUGGAAUACGCGUGCCUUUCGGGAGAGCAGUAUUCAUUGAUCCUAUCAAUGAUCUGGUAAUACAAGUACAGCCGGGAGACAGAUGUAGUAUGACGGUUGUGGAUAACGACCCGCUCUCCCAGAGGCCCGGGCAGCUCUCUCCUAAAAAGUUUCCCUGUGAGUUUGGACCCAAUGACGUAAAGUAUUCUCACUUCGGGUCCAGGAGCCCCCCGCGGGAUAGGGUGAGGCUACAGCUCAGAUAUGACACUCAUACCGACACCAUAAUCAUCCCGUUUAUGAUGGAAGUGGAGGUGAUUUUCACACAGUUGGAAGUGUUAACCAGAAACAUGCCUCUGACUGUUGACAAACUGCUUGGCACUAGUAACCCCAUUGACAGGAAGAUUCUAGAGUUCACCUAUGAUAGAAGUGAACAUCAGUGUAAAAUAACAUCCCUCUCCAGUGGCAGUGCAUUACCCAGGUAUGGAAAACUUGUGGAUGAGGGAAAACUUGGAGAAAUGGUGGAUUGUGAUGAAUUUAUUAAAAUGAAUAUCCGCUAUCAGCACACUUCUGCACACAAAUCACCCAAUAGAGAUUAUUUCCCAAUGAUUGUGGAAUUACAAGAUAAAGAGGGUAAUUUUCUGAAGCAGGAGUUUUUCCAGAUGAUGGUGCGUAUAAAGGAUGGCGAGGAGAACACGGCUCCUAAACCCAGCUUCGUGGCCAUGAUGAUGAUGGAGGUGGAUCAGUUUGUGAUGACAGCCAUCACCCCCGACAUGCUGGCUGCCGAGGACAUUGAGUCUAACCCUGACAACCUUAUCUUCAACAUCACCACCCCCCUCUCCUUCGAGGAGGGGUACAUAGUCAGCACAGAUGACCGGAACCUGCCCAUCACCUCUUUCUACCAGGGAGACCUCAAAGAACUAAAGAUAGCCUACAAGCCUCCGUCUGUGGACUCUGAAACAGAACGUAUCUUCCAGAUAGAGUUUGAGGUGGUGGACACUGAUGGGGCUGUGUCUGACCCGUUCGCCUUCAUGAUUGUAGUGAAGCCUAUGAACACGCUUGCUCCAGUAGUCACCAGGAAUACUGGUCAGCUUCUCUACGAGGGUCAGUCCAGACCACUGUCCAGUUCUCAUAACCUAGGGGUCAGUGACGAGGACGACCUGGAUGAUGUCAGGAUCAUGGUGGUCGAUGGGCUGCGACAUGGCCAGCUGACGGUGCUCGGGUCACUCAGGAAGUUCUUCACCCCGGCCGAUCUGGUCGGGGGCAUGGUCAUAUACCAGCACGACGGCAGCGACACGUACAGCGACAACAUCAUCUUCCGGAUGACGGACGGGAAGCAUGAGGUGGAAUUCCUGUUUCCCCUAACGAUCGUUCCCACGGACGACGAGCCGCCCAUUAUCAACGCUAACACGGGGUUAAUCCUCUUCAAGAACCAGAUUAUGCUCAUUUCGCCACUCACACUGAGCGCUGCAGACAUUGACUCUGAGGACUCCACUAUCAGGUUCACCAUAGAAGGCCCGUUCUCGCCUAUAGGGGAGGUGCUGCUGAGGCAGUCAGAGGCCCCAGCGGACCCAUCCACCUGGAGGUUUAAUGCUGAGGAUGAGCUGUAUGAGAAAGAGGUUACAGAGUGGUUGCAGCAGGAUAUCACAGACGGGAAACUGUUCUACAGACACACCGGGCCUCACAGCACUGACACAGUUAUGGACCAGUUUGUUUUCCGGGUCCAGGAUGAUAACGACCCCCCUAACCAAUCAGAACAGAGCUCGUUCAUCAUCAAGAUUCUGCCAGUGGAUGACAUCCCCCCUGAGCUGUAUCCUGGUACCACCCUCCAGAUGACCGUACACGAGUACCAGCUCACCUACUUCCGUAAGAAGUUUCUCCGCUACACUGAUCUGGACUCGGAGGACAGAGAUCUGAAGUACACCGUCACCCAGCCCCCGACAGACACAGACGAGAACAGCCCUGUGGUACUGGGGUCUAUUGUGUUAACAGAAAGUUCAAACACUGUAGUGACUGAGUUUACUCAGGCUCAGGUCAACCACCAUAAGAUAUCAUACAAACCACCUGACCUGGAGCUGGGGAUCACAGCCCACGUUCUGCAGUUCCAGUACACGGUGGAGGAUACGUCAGGGAAUACUGUCACCGGAACAUUCUCUAUAUUCCUGCAGCCUGUCGACAACAAGCCGCCUCAGAUAACCAACACUGGCUUCACGAUAUUCGAGCGGGGAACGCACAUAAUCACCAGAGCUGAGCUGGAUACUGUGGACUUAGACACAGACAGUAGCCAGAUUUCCUUCACAGUCACUCAGCCCCCUCAGCAUGGCACAGUCCAGUACACCUUCACCGACCUGACCAAAGGGGACCAGUUCAACCUGUUGGACAUUGCUAAUGACAGGAUCUCCUACAUCCAGAACGGAGACGAGUCCACCAGCGAUUUCUUUCAGCUGGAUGUCAGUGACGGCGUCCAUGUUGUGACCAUCACCAUCAGGGUUACCGUGAAGCCCAUCGAUGACGAGACCCCGACCAUCACCCUCCCGGCCGGAACCAUUGGCUCCUACAUCGACGUCCUGGAGAACGGAGCUACGGAGAUCACGACUAACGUCAUCCAGGGGAGGGACGAGGACACGGACGACCUCCGUUUGACCUUCAUCCUGGAGGACCCACCGGUUUUCGGAGAGAUCCUGGUGAACGGGGUUCAAUCAGGGAGCUUCACCCAGGCUGACAUCAUCAACGGACUGGUGGUGUACACCCAUACCAGCGGAGAGAUCGGCCUCACCACUAAAUACGACUACUUUAACCUGACGCUGACAGACAUGUCUGAUGAGUGGACGGUAGGGGGCAACAGGGUCACGGGGGUCAGGGUUCAGAUCACCAUCCUCCCCAUGGACAGCCAGGCUCCAGAGGUGUUCGUAGGCCCACAGUUCACUGUUGUAGAGGGAGAGAAGAAUGUGAUUGAGAUUCUUCACAUUAGUGCUGAUGAUAUUGACACUCCUAAUGAUGACCUGCUUUGUACCAUCAUCAUACAGCCCACGUCAGGCUACGUGGAGAACAUCUCCCCGGCCCCAGGCUCAGAGAAGUCCAGGUCUGGGACUGCGAUCAGUGCAUUCACCAUUAAGGACAUCAGACAGAACCACAUCUACUACGUCCAAAGCAUCCAUAAGGGAGUGGAGCCGGUCGAGGACAGGCUCAUGUUCAGAUGCUCAGACGGCAUCAACUUCUCCGAGAGACAUUUCUUCCCCAUCGUUAUCAUCCCGUUCAACGAUGAGAAGCCUGAGAUUUAUAUGAGGGAGUUUGUUGUUAUGGAAGGGAUGAAUAUUGUUAUCGAUACGCCCAUCCUGAACGGAGCCGACGCGGACAUCCCCUCGGAUGAACUCACGUUCAUCAUCACCAAACCACCCAAGCACGGCUUCAUCCUCAACCAGCUGACCACCGGCACCGUCACAGUCACCAACUUCACCCUGGACCAGAUCAGGGAAGCCUCCAGUAUAGUGUAUGAACACGAUGACUCGGAGACCAAGGAGGACAGCUUUGACUUAAUCCUGACGGACGGUAAAUAUACCGUGGAGAAGACCAUCAUUGUUAUGAUCAUUCCUGUAGAUGACGAGACACCCAGGAUGGCCAUCAACGACGGUCUGGAGAUAGAGAUAGGAGACGUUAAAGUGAUCGAUAACAAUGUUUUAAAAGCCACCGACUUGGAUUCUGAGGAUAGUACUUUGACGUACGUUGUUCGCUAUGGGCCAGGCCAGGGGUUGUUACAGAGGAGAACCCCUUACGGGACAUUAGAGAACAUCACAGUGGGGAUGAACUUCACGCAGUACCAGGUGGACCAGGCUCUCAUCGUCUUUAUCCACAACGGGCAGGAAGGAAUCCGGGACCUGAUCAAGUUUGACGUGACGGACGGCAUCAACCCUCUGAUCGACAGGUACUUCUAUGUGACAGUGGGCGGCAUCGACAUGGUGUUCCCUGACGUGGUCAGUAAGGGGGUCUCUCUGAAAGAAGGCGGUAGAGUAACGUUGACCACAGACCUGCUCAGCACCAGUGACCUCAACAGUCCAGACGAACACCUGGUGUUCACCAUCACCAGGGCCCCACAGAGAGGCCAUCUGGAGUGUACCGACGGCCCUGGCAUGCCCAUCUCCUCCUUUACCCAGCUCCAGCUAGCUGGGAGCAAGGUGUACUACAUCCACACGGCCGAUGAUGAGGUCAAGAUGGACAGCUUUGAGUUCGAGGUCACCGACGGUUACAACCCUGUGUUCCGCACGUUCCGUGUCUCCAUCACCGAUGUGGACAACAAGAAACCGGUUCUAACGGUUCACAGCUUGGUGGUUAACGAGGGAGAGAACAAACUCAUCACACCCUUCGAGCUGACCGCAGAGGACCGCGACACGGCUGACCGCCUCCUGAAGUUCACGGUCACCCAGGUCCCUGUCCACGGUCGCCUCCUCUUCAACAACACCCGCCCCGUCUCCUCCUUCACCAAACAAGACCUGAACGAGAACCUCAUCAGCUACAAACACGACGGUACUGAGUCCUCCAAGGAUUCCUUCUCCUUUACCGUGACUGACGGGACGCACACCGACUUCUACGUGUUCCCAGACACCGUGUUCGAGACGCGGCGCCCCCAGAUGAUGAAGAUCACGGUCCUGUCGGUGGAUAACGGGGUGCCCCAGAUCGUGGUGAAUAAAGGGGGGCCCACCCUGAGGGUGUUAGAGACGGGUCACCUGGGGUUCCUCAUCACCUCUAAGACUCUUAAGGCCGAGGACAGGGAUAGUCUUCAGCUAUCUGUCACCUUUAAGAUCACCGUGGGACCAGAACAUGGAUUCCUCAUCAACCUGGGUACAGGCAACGCUACCGUCACCACAUUCACUCAAGCUGAAAUUGAUGACAUGAAGAUUUGCUACGUACUAAGAGAUGGUGACAAUGCUACGAGUGACAUCUUCUAUUUCUCCAUUGAGGACAAUGGAGGCAACAGGCUGAAGAACCAGGUGUUCAGGCUGAACUGGGCCUGGGUUUCCCUGGAGAAGGAGUACUAUGUGGUGGACGAGGAGGCCAAGUACCUGGAGGUGGUCCUCAAACGACGAGGAUACCUGGGAGAGACAUCCUUCGUCAGCAUCGGCACCAGAGAUGGUACGGCGGAGAAGGAUAAGGACUUCCGUGGUAAAGCCCAGAAGCAGGUCCAGUUUAACCCAGGUCAGAGCACGGCUACAUGGAGGGUGAGGAUCCUGCAGGAUGAAGUGUACGAGCAGUCUGAGACCUUCCAGAUUGUUCUAUCAGAAUCUGUCAUGGCUGCCCUGGAGUUCCCUGACACAGCCACUGUGGAGAUCCUCGACCCAGCUGAUGAGUCGACAGUGUUCAUCCCGUCUGCAGUCUACCCUAUAGAGGAGGACAUUGGGGAGCUGCUGAUCCCAGUACGCAGGAGUGGUGACAUCACACAGGAACUCAUGGUCAUCUGCUACACACAGCAAGCCACAGCUACAGGGACCAUCCCCACUACAGUCCUGUCCUACUCUGAUUACAUAUCCAGACCUGAGGAACACAACAGUGUCCUGCGCUUUGAUAAGGGCGAGACGGAGAAGUCCUGUCGUGUGGUGAUCAUAGAUGACUCUCUGUAUGAAGAGGAGGAGAGCUUCAAUGUUACCCUCAGUAUGCCCAUGGGAGGCCGUCUGGGACAGGAGUACCACACUGCCAGGGUCACCAUCAUACCUGACCUGGAUGAUGCUCCAGGAUUCUACUUCGGCGACACAGACUACCGUGUGGAUGAGAGUGAUGGUUAUGUGGAGGUCAAGGUGUAUAGGACAGGCACUGACCUCUCUAAAACAGCCACGGUCACUGUACGCUCCAGGAAAACAGACCCUGUCUCUGCUGAAGGUAGAGACAAUACAGUCAUUAGAUCAUUUAUUUUGGUACUGUCCAUACGUAGCUCGUUUUUGGUCACAGGUCCAGGAAUGGCUGAAGAAUUGCAACAUUUACCUAGAUCUAAUUUACCUACUGGGUGA